CAGUACCGACUUGGCUGUCGGCCUGAGGGUAGGUGACUGCAGACCGUCACAGACUGGUAGUUCAGUUAUUAUCAAUUCUUCUACAGCGAAAAUAUGUCUUGCUUCAUGAUCUAUAUAUAAGUAUUGUUCUAGGCGUUUGACAAGCGUUUUACAUCCAUUGCUAUACAUCAUUGAAAGUAGACAAGUAAUAUGUGCAACCCAAAGAUAGAAGACGGAGGGUCAGCAUCUAUACUUGCUGAACCCACGCCCACAGCAGAGACCACCACCACCACCAAUGCCAGGAGGAAGGGCAGAGUGGUGCCCCAGGUGGCUGCGUGCAUGGCGGCCGCGCUGGGCACCUUGGCUUCCGGCGCCGUCAGUGGAUGGACUGCCAGCACGUUACCUUCCCUGCAGCAGGACAUGCACAUGGGCACCACAGAGACAGCAUUGAUGGCGGGGAUCAUCGGUGUGGGCGCCAUCCUGGGCAGCCUGAUAGCAGGACGAACAAUGGACUACAUGGGCCGCCGCAAGACCAUCGUAUUGACAAAUCCCGUGUUGGUGGUGGCGUGGGUACUCAUGGCUGUGGCACCCAACAUCUACCUGAUCCUGCUCGGCCGCCUGCUCUGUGGUCUCAUGACCUCCUUCCUUUUAUCUAGUGUUUCGGUGUAUAGCAGCGAGAUUCCAGAAGCUCGAAUACGAGGAAGACUAAGCAGUAUGACUUCCUUUUUCAUCACGCUAGGAAUAGUGCUUUCCUACAUAGCCGGAAUUUUCCUGCCGUGGCGGUACAGCUGUUAUGUGUGUGCGGCGCCGGCCUUCCUCUCCGCGGCCAUCAUGCUGGCCAUGCCAGAGUCUCCGUACUGGCUCAUGUUGAACGACAGGAGAGGUGACGCAGAGACAGCUUUGCAAUGGCUGAGGGGGCCACAUUAUGAUAUUAAUGAGGAGCUGGAGAGCGUUGCUACAAAACUAAAAGCAGUGGGAACUAAGAUUGAAUAUCGAGAGCUGCUGCGGCCACGCACGCGCAGACCUUUCUUCAUUGCUCUGUUUAUCAUGACGCUGCAGCAGGGAACCGGCUCCAACAUCCUCAUGAUAUACACGAGUAACAUCUUCCUCUCAGCAGGAAUAGAGAACCACCACAUGCCCAUUGUGUACAUCGGCCUCGUCCAGGUGGUGGGCACCAUUGGCUCAGUGUUGCUCAUGGACAAGCUGGCCCGCCGCACCUUGAUCGUGAUGUCCAUCACCACCGUAGGGGUGUUCACCACCGCACUUGGUGUCUGCUACUACCUACGCACUGUGGGCGUAUCGUGGCCUCAAGCGGUGCCGCUGGUGGCCAUGUUCAUGGCAGUUUUCGGGUACAGCUUAGGGUGCCGCACUAUACCGUGGCUGACCACCUCAGAGCUCUUCAACACCACCAUCAGGUCCACAGCUAAUACCGCCUGCUUAUUCUACAAUAGAAUAUUGAACUUUGUUACCAUACAGAUCUAUCCUUUUGUGGCUGAAUCAGCGGGACCCCAUACUGCAUUUUUCUUCUUCGGAGCUUUAUCUCUUGUGUUCAGCGUCUUGGUCUUUUUUAUUCUCCCGGAGACUCGGGGGAAAUCCCUCGAGCAGAUUCAGGAGUACUUUGAGGAAAAGUCAGUGAAAACAUCCAAAAGAAACGACAAAACAUUCAAUGACAACGAUAAAGAGAGUUCUGUGGGAGAGAGGACCAUCAGCCACAAAGUGGAUGCAUCUCUCUCGUUCCAUGUUUCUGCCUUCCCGCCCGAUGGGAAAUUAACAGUAGUCACAGAAAGAGGACAAAUGACAAGGCUUUAACUCAGGUAGAACUGCAGUGUUAUAAUGUAUCUGUGAGAUAAGUGAGGCGGCCAGGGGAUCUGAGGGUACCUCGUAUUUUCAAGUGAUUAGUGGAGUUCUCGUGUUUUUUUUUUUUUUUUUUCUCUUGAUGGUGCAGAAUCCGUCAAGCCAUCCCUACAGCCAUGAAAACAUUCCUGGAAAUCUCAGUUACCUCCAUUACAGAGCCUGCUGAAAAAUGAUAAAAUAAUAAUAAUAAUAAAAAAAAAAAACGUAUGUGUGAAUAAGGCCCCUGGUCUUGUGGCCCCACCGUCUUUUCUCUCAUUCUAUUUUCAUAUUAUAUCGAUUACUUUUGUCUAUAACAUAUGAAUAAAAUGAGAUGAAUCAGCGCUUAUAUCCCUCUGUUAUCUUGUAUUUGUGUAAUCUUAUAAUCAUGCAUAGAUCUCGUUACAUAUAUACUUUUGUUAC